CGCUGGGCUCUCGAGGUCGGGAGGCGCACCUGCCGGCCGGGCACCCGCCCUGCCUGCGGAGGCGCGCGCCGGCGGGCCUGGAGCAGGGAGGGCGGGAGAGGGAGAGGGAGAAGAGCACACGGACGGCGCUGAAAGAAACCUUCGCUACGACGAUCAAGGGUAUGAUCAAAGACGCCGCCGAGAAAAACAAGGCUGAGGCGUUGGGCUUGGAGGAGCCGUUGUACGACCACGUGCCAGAGAAAGAUGCCCAGGACAAGGACGCUGGGUUAGACGAGGCGUUCGACGAUUUCAUGGACGACGCGGCGCAGCAGGCGGACCAGAACGCUACCGCGGCACGCAUACGAGACAUGGUUGCUCCAAACAGCGGCUUUGCCCCGGCCGCGAGGCCAGGGGCAGGGAAGACGGGCGCCAAAGGCAAGGGCGCCAAAGGCAAUGGCGACAAAAGCCAGGACAGCAAGGGCGUGGAGAAGAAUGUCAAAGGCGCCGAAGGCAAAGGCAAGGACAAGGACAAAACCAAGAACAACACCGAGCACGGUAACAGGCACAUGGUGGAGAUGGAA